AUGGCCAGUGUGAUCUCUGUUCUGCAUGGUCAGGUGAUGCAGCAGGACGAUGAACCCCCAUUGGCCAAGAGACGUCGCUGCAGGGAGAUCACCUUUGCGGGGAAGUCGUUCUACCUGGAUGUGCCGGCCAACAGACAGACGCAGCUCCUGACUAAAGCCAUCGGAAGACUUGGAGGGAUCAUCGAGAGCUUCCUGAGCAGAGAUGUCGACUAUGUGGUGACUGGCAGCAAGAAAGCAGUGGCCAGUGUGAGCUCUGUGGCUACUAGAAGAGGAGAAAAGUCCCAAAUCCAGGCUGCGGAACGGAAGGAGCCCAUUCACUGUAGCCGUGGGAAGCAGCUUCUGAAGAAAGUCGUCCAUAGUCAGGAGUGCAACAGCGUCCUCACCAACGCACGUUCUUGGGGAGUCACGGUUCUCUACGUGGAAGAUGUUGUAAGUUAUAUAGAGCGUCUGGAGCGACCUCCCUCUCGUGGAAUCCAGAAUAAAACGGCAGAGGGCCGAGCUGCAGAUUCUACAAGGCCAAGUCUGAAAAUUGCGAGACUGAGGAGCCCGUUCAUAAAAAUUGAGGAUCAGAGCAGAAAGUUUCGCCCUCUACAAUGCACUUUUACAAGCUUCCCAGAACUCUCGUUUGUGUGUUCCGAUAAGAGCCCCUUUGAGACCGUCCAGACAGUCAAAAAGAAGGAUCCUGGUGAUCAGGAGGAGGAGGAAGGACAAAGAAGUCAGAAGCCCCAAGCAAGGAAAAGAAAAGGUUAUUGCGAGUGCUGCGAGGAAACCUUUGACGCCCUGAGUGAGCAUCUAGUUGGUGAGCACCACUUCCGAUUCGUUUCCAAUCCUUUGAGUUACAAGAUGAUCGAUGACCUUGCUGCCCAACUUACCUGUGACCUCAUGGAACUGCCUUUUGGGUCACCCACAAGCCCAGAAGCUGAAAGAUCUUCCCAAAAUGAGGACUGGGAUUUGGAUCUGGCACCUGGUGAGGCAGAGCCUGCAGGGAAUGAGGGACAUGAGCUGGGAAUCCUUAAGGCUACAAGGUUGGACAAGGAUGGACAUGCUGAUUGUGAAGAUCAAGGUGCUCCUGCGUAUUUAAGGGACGGUGGGGCAGAAGGACCAGAUCAGAGAUGUGGUGAAAUCCCAUUGGCCAACAUAGAAGUUGAUGUUUACAAUGUCUGUUCUUUUGAUCAACCUGUUGUCACGUGUACCAUGGAGCUGCCAGAUGUAAGUGCAGAAGGCAAGAUCCAUAGUAACUUGUUAGGCAGUACUGUGGGUGAUGAGCGGGUGCUGCAGAGGACUAAUGGCACGUGUGAGCCCCACAUAGACCUGGCUCUUGGGAAUGGAAGAGAACUGAAACAUGCAGAGCUACAGAAGGAUCCAUUAACAAAAGAUUCACAACCAGAGCUACUUUCUACUGCACAUGAACAACUUCCUACCAGUGCUCCGUGUAUGCUACUAGAGGGAGCAUCUGUUGUGCAUUUUCCAUCUCACGGUGGUACCGUCGGGUCACAGGGUGAUGUGACAUCCCAUUCAGCUGCUAAUAAGCCACACACUGAGAACUGUCCGGUAGAUUCCACAGGUGACCGUCACGCAGAACCAGCUGGGAGUGAUGCCCUUGCCAUGUCUUGUGUAAUUCCCACUCUGGAUAAUGGAGGAAGACACGUGGAUGCCACAAUGCAGUCACACUGGGAGGUGCCGUUGGGAGGUACCACUGAUACACUGCUUAGUUACAGCACUACAGUGACUGUUGGGGAGCUGGGCCCAGAAGCUCACAAUCCCACUCCAGAACAACAACCACUGCUCAUAUCUACUUGUUCAUCCAUUACCACUGUUUGCUGCACGGAUACAGAGUUUAAGAGUUGCACCGUGAGUGUUCAUUCCACGUCCCACUCUCCGCCCAAUCAGAAUGUGAAAAGUAACCAAACCCCAUCUUUGCUUGAAAUGGACCUUGCCAACCCGAACUGCCACAGAGCCAAACGGAAACACUGGGAUUCACUUCUAUCCCCUCCAGGGAAAAGACCCACUAGCCCUUCCCACUGCCAAUCUUUGACAUUGCCCAUGUGGCUUUUAUGCCAGUUUCCUAAUUAUGGGCAGCAGGUACAGGUGCCUGUGUGGGCAGAUUUGUGCAAGUGGGAUGGCACAGCGGCAGUAGAAGAGGGGACGGUUGAUUGCAGUUCUUCUUCUACUCUUCCUAAACUGCACCAGGACAGUUUCUCUUCUGAGUCCGACUGGGACGCCCACCUGCCAUCUUUUUUCCAGAAUAACCCACAGCAGAGCUUGCAGUGUGGGGAUCUGAGGACAGCCCAGGUUACCCUUAAUGAGAGCUGGUAUGGGAAACAGCUGUGCAACAUACUGACCCAUGAUCCAUAACCUCUGCAGCGUUAUCCAGUUGUAACUGUUGGGAAAGUUGAUGGAGAAGGUACAAUUGACCAUGUGAACUGCAAAAACCCAUAAUGCUAAAUGUCCCCUUUUUGUUUUUUAGUAUCCAUUUUGUUCUUCGUCUUUCUGUCCCUUUAUGAGUUAUUUUGUGAGUGUUUAUCUUGCACAAGUGCCUUCUCUUUUCUGCUUUGUGGAUCUCCCCACCCCCUUCCUUCCGGAAUGGGUAAGUCAGAUGGAGACCUCUGCCUCUGCCCAGAGCUCUUAACUGCUUCUUAAUGACUUAAUGGGUUGAAGAAGUUUUUAGAUGGAAUUGAAAUGCCUCCUCCAAUCGUGCCAGAAUCACCAAGCUAUGAACUCAUCCUGUCUACAAACUGAUCCAAUGCCUUCAGCAAAGAAACAUUAAUGGCUCUCGCUCUCUCACUGGGAGCAAAAUGGGCCCUAAAGUUGCAUGUGAAUAUGUUUAAACAGGCAGGUCCUGUUUUUUCCUGCAUGUGUGUCUUGAGACCCCUUUGUUGGGAUUUGUAGUUCUGCCCCAGCUGAGACGGGUGGAACAGGAUAGACAUUCCUGACCUACGGUGCCCCCUUGGGCCAAAGGUCACCCAUUUAUAAAUAGCAGCACAUGGGACUUUUUUGGGGGCCUGUCAUGCUAGCAUAUUGUUGUCAUGUGAGCUUAUUUUAGUUGAAAUCAACAAUAGUUAAAGGACAAGGAAAGGCUUAAUCACUGGGAGCUGUUUGGCACCCCAAGGUAAUAAUAUAAGGAUUGCAGUGCCGCCAUUGUGUUUCCUGCUCCAGGAUUCUUGCUACUGCCCUGGGCUGUACUCGUGCAAUAGAGCAAAACUUUAGCUCUCUUACACCAGCUACAAGGUGCUGGUGUGUCACCCAGGGUCAUAACUGAGCACCCCCAAGUGAUGAAGCCUUUCCUUCUCUUUUAAUAGCCAACUCAACACUAGAAGUCAAUUGCUUUUGUACUCAGAAAUAUCUGGUUGGACAUACCAUCGGUAGCUUAAGUUACUGAUGCACUAAGCAUCUCCGUCCGUUUCUCUGCUCGUUUCCAUGGACCAGUGAGAGGCUUGUAUUUAUACAUCACAUUUUUAGACAACUACGUUUUAUUGGAAACUCAUUUUGGCCAUACAGUAAUAAAAUCGGCAUUACCAGGAUAGCCGAACCCAUCUGAAACUGCAGUUGUUGAUUGACUGUGGCUGCUGGGAGUUCAUCUAAUACGUAUGUAUCCCUAAGAAAGGAACAGCCCAGUAGUAGGCACCAUCUAUACCUCUACACAUUGUAACUUCUCAGUGCAUUUAUUACCAACCAUGCUAUGUAUUUUAUUGAAAGUUUGUUUGCUAUGAAUAAAAUGUUUUUUUUUU